AUGACAACAACACCUUCUUCCUUCAAAGAAGAUUUCGAUUUGGCUAAAAAUUCAAAAGACCUACAACAGGAACAAGAACAAAAAAGUCUGGCAACAAUUAGUACAACUUCCAGUAACAUUAAUACAAAGUCAAAUGCCAAUAAAAACUCUUCAAGAAUGAACAUUUCUGCCGCCUCACGUGCUUACUUACAUGGGUUUAAAAGGUUAAUAAGCAAACCACACCGUAAAAUCUUCUUUUUAGUUGUUGUGCUGAUAUUAAUUUCUCUGGGGUUAAUCAUGAGAGGUGUAACAAGAAAUGACAUAUACUCCCAGUAUAUUAAUAAUUCUGACAGUGGUCCUAAAAAAGGUAACGAUCAUGGUAUGGGUAUAGCUGGUAAUAUUAUAGACACACACCCUAAACCCGCAUUAGUUCCUGUCAAAGAAAAUGAAUUCAAUCUAGUUUCCAUCGAAGACGUGAACGACCAGGUUGAUUUUGACAAAUCUGUAGAUGACAAAAAGGAAAAAAAAAAAAAAAAGAAAAAGUUACUCCGUAACCCUAAAUUUGUUUUUAAUAAAAGUGACUUAUUUGCUAAACUUGACCAAGAUAUAUUCGACCAAUUGAAGCCAGAUUGGAAGGAUACUCCUAUCACCAAUGAAAUCAUAAAUGACUACACUUUUGAAAAGUAUAAUAUCAAGGGGUAUGUUACGAAUUUGAACGGUAUUGAUCCACAUGAUACUGUCAACACUAACAAUCAUGAGGAAGUUGAAAAAUUUUGCUCGAAAUUUAAAUACCAGAAUUAUUUUGAAUAUGCCCCCGAAUCCUUACAAAGCAUUGAAGAAGAGGCUAGUUUGCAAGAUUUAAUCAGCAUCAGAAGGGAAAUCAUUACCAAAUGGCCCAAAUUUAAAAAAUUAUUAGACAUACAUGGUGAAAAACAUAUGGCCGAGGAAGAUAUUAUUCGUCAAAGAUGGUUCAAGUUUGGUACCUCUGCUGUUUGGCUAACUGAGUAUGAAUGCUACAUGAGUGUUAGUAGAGUCAUGUAUGCCCCAGGCGGUGAUUUAACUCAGAUUAAAAUCAGUUUUGGUAGAAUCCAAUUGUAUGAUCGUCAUUGGAAGGAAAUUAAAAAUAGAAGAAUUUUCUAUAAUGACUUCAAUAUUGAUGAAGAACAGUUAAGACAAACCUUUAAAAACAUUGAAAGUAAUUUGGGCAUCAUUGAGAAUUGCCCAGCUAACGAUCCUUUAGAAUAUGAAAAUUGUGUUAGCAACAACAACAACCUGAAAUUAAUUGCUGAAAAGAAGAAAAUUGCAAUUUUGGAUAAAUACAGUGUUGAAUUUCCCACUCUAAUUGAUGUACAACUUGGCCAAGACCAAGGCGGGUUUUUAGGCAGCGAAGACCCUAAAAUUAUCACCAAAAAUUAUCCAUUUGAAGAACCAUACAUUGUGUUUAACAUGAAGCAACUUGAUAACAAGAGAUAUAUGCAUGGAUUUUAUCCCUUAAGAAAAAUAGACCCACAGAUUCAAUUUACUUUGGAUAGUAGAGAAACUCAAUACAUGGAAAAAAAUUGGGUUCCAUUUUUCCUCCAGCAUGAUGAAUCUAUUAUUAAUAAUUACGACAGAGGAUUUAUUCAUUUCAUUUACCAAUUUAGGCCCUUGGAAGUCUUGAGGUGUUCAUUAAACGAUGGUGUUUGUAAAUUCACAUUUGAUGUUGAUACUUUGAACAACUUUUUAGACAGUGAUAAAGACUUGAACAAAGACAAAUUGAUUAGAGGUGGAUCUCAGUAUGUUUCAUUACCAUCCGUCAUUCCUAAAUUGAGUGGUAAAAACUUAUGGGUUGGAUUUCCUAAAAUUCAUUUGGAAAAUUGUGGUUGUGGUUCAAGAUUUUAUAGACCCAUGCUUAGUAUAUUAAUUGAGGAGAAUGGUGUAUACAAUGAAGAUUUUAUAGUUCCAAUAAUAGAUUUUAAUAUUGAUGUUUUGGGUUGGGACAGGGAAACAACUAAAUGUGGUGGAUACAACGUACUAAAUCCGAAUUCUAUAAGUUCAUGGGAUGUUGUAAAUUUAAAUGAGGAUGGCACAUAUGAAGAUUACAUGACUGUGUUCCUUUCAGAAGCUGAUUUUACUUCUAAGAAAUUGGUUAUUAAAGGGCUGUUGAAUUUUAUUGUAAAUACUUAUUUGAAUAAUGAUAUUGCGGAACAUUUUGAAAUCACCUUUGAUUCUAAAAGGGCGUUACAACAAUCUUUAAUUUGCAUUAGCGAAGAAAGUAAGAAUAGUUGUAGAGCUUAUGGUGAAUCACAUAGAGAAUAA